ACAUGACGUCAUCACCGCACGACGCCAGGGAGUCAAGACGUUUUCUUUCCGUAAAAUAUGGCUCCGUCUCCCACGAAGAGGAAGGACAGGUCUGAGGACAAGGCGAAGGAACGCGGAAAGGACAAGACGGGGGCCAAAGAGGGGGCGGACAAGGAGAGGGGCCGGGAGAAGGGACGCAAGCAUCGCAGUGCCUCCACUGGCAGUAGCAGGUCCCGCUCCAGCUCCAGCUCUUCCAGCAGCUCAGGCUCCAGCUCUGGCUCCUCCAGCGGCUCUAGCUCCUCCUCUGCUUCCAGCCGUUCUGGGUCCUCCAGCUCGCGUUCUUCCAGCUCGUCCAGCUCCUCAGGAUCCCCCAGCCCCAGUCGCCAUCGCCAUGACAAUCGCCGCCGGUCCCGUUCCAAGUCCAAAUCCGUGAAGAAGGAUGAAAAGGAGCGGAGGAGGCGCAGCCCAAGUCCCAGGCCCACGAAAGUCCACCUGGGCCGCCUCACCAGGAAUGUCAUCAAGGAACACAUCCAUGAGAUCUUCUCCACUUACGGGAAGAUUAAGAUGAUCGACAUGCCCAUGGACAGGCUUCAUCCACACCUCUCCAAGGGCUACGCCUACGUGGAAUUUGAGACAGCUGAUGAGGCGGAGAAAGCCCUCAGACACAUGGAUGGAGGUCAGAUCGAUGGGCAGGAGAUCACAGCCACUGCUGUGCUGGCCCCCCGAGUACGGCCCCCUCCGCGGCGGAUGACCCCUCCGCGCAGAAUGCCCCCGCCGCCCCCAAUGUGGCGACGCACCCCACCACGCAUGAGGAGAAGGUCCCGUUCUCCACGGCGACGCUCCCCCGUGCGCCGUCGCACCAGGUCCCGCUCCCCCGGACGCCGACGUCACCGCUCACGCUCCAGCUCCAACUCCUCGCGGUAGAGCUGCCGCCCACCAGGCUCUCUGCUAUUGCUGUGCCCUCUCAGCUGUAGCCCCACCCCCCAACCAACAAGCCACACCUCUCUCCGCAGGAAGUAGCGGGACAGACAGCGUUAAUCCAGACUGACCACAGACACACACACGUGACGAAAUCACCUGCGGACACCUUUAAGGAAGAUUGGCCCCUUCCGUGUCUGAUGUAACAAAGCGCUUGGGUCUGCUUAGGUUGGUUUGAUGCUUUUGUCCCCUUUAUUCUUCAGUAAAUCCUUUUUGAUCCCCUUUAACAACUUAUUGUACAUAUGGAAUCCUUGUCUAUAUAUAAAAUAUUCCCCUUUGUUAACCUUCA